GUAAUCCAUGUCAAAGAUGAGGAUGUGUCUCCAAAACAGUUUGAACUUCUUCUAAAAAUCCUUUACAAAGGACAUUGUUUGAUUUCCCAAAAAACAGCGAAGGAUUUCUGAAAAUUGCGGGUUGUCUGAAGAUCGACUUUCUCGCGAAGCUUUGUGAAAAUUUUCUACUGAAAAAUAUGCUGCCUGAAGAUAGUGUACAAGUCUGGAAGUCUGCAGAAAAAUACAGACUACGGAUUCUCUCUGACAAAGCAAUGAAGAUGACUCUUGACAAUAUUGAAAAUAUUCGGGAAGAUGAGUGGCUGGCUCUGCCUAAGUCCUUACUUUUGAUACUCCUUUGCCAGAAGCCUAACAUGAGCAUGGAGAGGAUAUGUAACAAAAUCCUUUCCUGGGUUAAGCAGGAUGAAAAAGUAAGAAAAAAACAUCUGGUAGAGUUCCUACCCUUCCUUUCCUUCCCUUUAAUGAAUCCGACAUAUGUUUCUCGGCUGACUGGGACCAGCCAUCAUUUCAGUGACAUCUUAUUUGAAUACGCAAGUGAAGGAAACACAUAUCACGUAGAAGGUAUCUUGGAAAAGGACAUAAAUAUUCAAAGACAGAUUCUGAAAAGACAAUCCUUCAAGCUGACCAAACCGGACUUAAAGAUACAGGCUCGUGGCUUAGUUGUCGAGGGCCAAACAGGGCGGGUAUAUUCGUUCGGAUUGCAAGACGACCGCCUGGAAUUCCACAACCUGAGAUCUCCAUCUAUUACGACAGGUAAAUACAUCGCAAGCUGCAUGUGGCGUAACGAGGUAUACCUGAGUGGUGACAAGCACUUUAUUGUGUACAAACCAGAUAACAAUCAGUGGGAAGUCCUCCCUGAUCUGCCUGAUGGCAAAAGGAGACGAAAACACUCCAUGUCGGCUGUGAAUUCAAACAUUUAUGUUCUUGGGGGACGUGACAAUGUUCGACAAUGUGGCAAUGACAUACAAUGUUCAAUUUUGAAAUACAGCAUUGGAGACCGAAAAUGGAAUGAUGUUUGCAAUUUACCAGUUAAUGUCGCAGAUGCUUCAUCAGCCGUUUUGGGACAUAGGAUUUACGUGUUUGGCGGCAAAAAAGCUGAUAAAAAACCGACAGCCUUGGUUCAGUGCGUGGACACACAUACAGGCAUCGCAUACAUAGCUGGAAAAUUUCCCUUUCCGACAUACGGGCUACGGGCCUUCAGCAACGGGGGUAUCAUUUACCUCGUACUGCCUACAGGAGAGGUGUUACGAAUGUGGGAAGACUUCUACUUGGCGGACAAACGAGAACUAGAGUACGCUAGGAAGAAGGAUCAACCCUUGAAAAAGCCAACUGUUUGUCUUUAUAAAAAUAGCACAAAUCCCUGCUCGCCGUAAGUUUGGUGCGUGCUUGUACGAAGACGAAAUCAUUGUUUACGGCGGUCAGACGGAGCAACAAGAUGUCUGCAAGUCUGUGAAGAUCAAUAUUUCGAGUGGGGUCACAAAAGAAAUAGACAACGCCGUUAAUGAAAAGGCUUCCUUCGAUCUUCACACUGUCAAUCUGCCAGUGUUAGAGUCAAGCAAAGCGCCUAGCGAUGCAUCAGGAAUUUCUUACGCUGCCCCGAAGACCACGUCCACUCAGACGACUGAAGACAUCACUGGACCUUCCCACAAGCGUGACAAGUCGCCCACAUCAUCCGAAAACAGUGAAUAUUCAAACAGGAGAACGGAGACUUCCAAGCGAAAACAUCCAUCGGACCAAACAAAAUCAACAUGUGUAAAAAGGCUAGCAAUGCACUCUUCUUUUGUUGACAGUUCGAUUCCAAAGACGACUCCACAUACAACGAUGAAGCCGACUACUUUGAAACAUGGACUUUCUAGCUUGAAUCACGAAAGGCCAUUGAGGGACUUGAACAGCGCGUGAGUCACAAGGAAGAUGAACCCGGCGAUCAAAUUAAAGAGAUUUGGAACAGUUAAAGACGAAGAUUUGUAUACACCCUCAAGCGAUCAUUUUAUAUAUAUAUGAUUUAUGCAUGCUAUCCAUAUUUUACUGACAAUUAUCAAUUUUAUUACAUAUCAUCUAUAAAGAACUUUUGCAAAAACUAUAUUGCUCAUUAUCUACAGUAAAUUCACUUAAUAAAACCUAAUAGUUUACUUGUCUUAUAUGUUUGUGAGUAGCAAUUGCUAAAUGAAGAUUAUAUCUCCCCUUUUAUUUGUAUAAUAACUUCUUUUUAAAAAAAUACCCGUUUAGAGUUUAGAAUAGAUUGCUGUAUAUAACUAGCUUAGCAUUUAGAAUUUUUAUAGUUUUUUUGAUCGUUUAGGGUAGCUUUCUAGUUUGUUUUUCUUAACUUUUACAAUGUUUACGCAACCCUAGAGUUACUACAUUUUUGCUUUGUAUCCAGGUUAUUAUGCUGUGUUUUUGUGACAUGAUUUUGCAGUGAAAGACAUGACAUUGAAGGAGCUUAUUUUCUGUUACUCAUUGAAUGACAUUUGCUAAUCCUGCUUUUUUAACAGUGUGAAUGAGCAUAACAACAGAGUAUCACAUACAUCAGAGUAUUUUGAUUUUCUCCAUUUAACUUGUAGGUCGUUUACCUUGAAAAGUUUACCUUGUCGCACAGUUUUGUGUAUAUAGUUUUAGCGUGCACAUUCAUAUGUCCGAAAUUUUGUAUCAUAACCUGUAUUUUUUUCCUUUCAACGGGCACUUAGCACGCAUGCAAAUUAUAAUUAACAAUCAUUACAAUUCAGUUUUUUGAUAUUACAGUAACAUUUUGAUAUUACUCAUAUUAAUCAAUGUAUUUCUAAUGUUAUGUAAAACAUUAAUAUUUGUUCCUUUUUCAAAAAAAAUAUGCUACAGAUUUUAUAAAUUCUGUUUUACUUAACUGUUAUUUUAUUACUUUUAUUACUUAUUAUUAUGUUAUUACUUCUU